CAGGGCUAAAUAGGAAGCAGAAGAGGUGUACGGAUUAUGUGGACGUAUCGGUGAUCGAAAGCAUCUGCUUUCGAGUAAUUUAUGUACUGUCGGGGAGAAAGGCGUCUUGAAGGGAAGUCCGUGUAAUUAAAUGUACGUGUAAGUGUGUGUGUUAAAAAAAAGCGGUGACAAUGAUGUCAGAAUGCGACCCGACAGAGGCCAGCGAGCCUGUGCUGGACACCGGCGCAACAGCGGUGCCUGUGCUGGAGUCUAACUUUCACUCCAUAGACCCGCCGACGGUGUUAUUUGACAGGUCCCGGAUAGGUUUGGGGCAGGCGGCGAAUCCCGGAGUCGCCGUUCGUAUUUCGGACUCUCGUGAAAGCGUUUUAACCGAGCUGGAGACGGACGGCUCCGGGGAAGAAGCACUGUUGUUGCCGUGCUUAGCAGGAAGCUCGUCUUCCCCGAGGGCUGCACGAGAGAAGCGGAGCAGACGGAGCAGACACAGCUCGUCGUCGGAUAAAGAUACCUUGGCCUCCCCAGGUACUAACAGUGGGGACUUCAACCAUUUCCCUGAAGACCCAGAGUUUGCAGAUAUUAUCCAAAGGGCAGAACAAGCUAUCGAGAGCGGCGUCUUUCCAGAGAGGAUCUCCCAGGGUUCCAGCGGGAGCUACUUUGUUAAAGAUCCAAAAGGGAAAAUCAUUGGUGUUUUCAAGCCAAAGUCAGAGGAGCCUUACGGUCACUUGAACCCAAAAUGGACCAAAUACUUUCACAAGCUCUGCUGUCCUUGUUGCUUUGGCCGAGGCUGCCUGUUACCUAACCAGGGCUACCUGUCAGAGGCGGCCGCUUCUUUGGUUGAUACCAAGCUGGGCCUUGGAGUUGUGCCUAAAACCAAGGUGGUGUAUUUGGCCAGUGAAACGUUCCACUACAAUGCUAUUGACAGAGCAAAGUCCAGAGGGAAGAAGUACGCCUUAGAGAAAGUCCCGAAGGUGGGACGCCGCUUCCAUAGAGUGGGACUGCCCCCCAAGGUGGGCUCGUUUCAGCUGUUUGUGGAGGGCUACCGUGAAGCAGAUCACUGGCUGCGGCGCUUUGAGGCAGAACCUCUACCCGAGAACAUCAGGAAGCAGCUGCAGUCGCAGUUUGAGCGGCUGGUGGUGCUGGACUAUGUCAUCAGAAACACAGAUCGAGGCAAUGACAACUGGUUAAUCAAGUAUGAGACGCCAGGAGAAGGAGGGAGACAAAAUGAUGCAGACUGGCCAGAGAACAGCCCGGACUCCUGCAUCAAGAUCGCAGCCAUCGACAACGGCCUGGCCUUCCCCUUUAAACACCCAGACGAAUGGAGAGCCUACCCGUUCCACUGGGCGUGGCUCCCUCAGGCUAAGGUGGCCUUCUCCCAGGAGACCAGAGAACUGGUGCUGUCCCGCAUCUCCGACAUGAACUUUGUGCAGGACCUCUGUGAGGACCUCUACGAGAUGUUCAAGACAGAUAAAGGGUUUGACAAAACCAUGUUUGAGAGACAGAUGUCUGUUAUGAGAGGACAGGUGUUGAACCUGACCCAGGCGCUGAAGGACGGAAAGAGCCCCAUCCAGCUGGUGCAAAUGCCGCGGGUGGUGGUGGAGCGUAGCCGCUCGGGCGGCCAAGGCCGUGUGGUCACACUGGGCAACGCAUUCACACAAACCUUCCACUGCAAGCGACCCUUUUUCUCCUCUUGGUAGUCAGAAAAGCCCGAGGAGCGUAGCUAAGGAGACACUACUGCAACAACCCUUUUUCUGUGGUGAGGUCAGUGCUGAAACAAGGAAGGAUGAAAUGAGGGAGGAGAUGGGUUUAUCGCAUUGGAAACUGUCCGUUUUUGACCCUGCAAGGAAAAUGAAGAGGGUGACGCUAGUGAUAGGAAAUAAGAUGAAGAUUUUUUUUUGGGGCCGGGAAAUCGAGUUUUGGCUCCUUAUUUAGUGAAGAGAAGCAGAGAAGCGUGGGAGCUGGAGAGAUUAGCAUACCACUGUCUCCUAGAGACACCUUGGGGCUGUUUGUGGUUACCAUGGUGACUUGAUUGGAUAAUGAGCUUUUCCACAGAGGUGGGCUUUUGUUUAUUGUUAGAAAGCAAAAAGGAUUUUUUUUUUUUUACCCACCUAAAGUACCUACUUAAGUCUCAAGGAACGUCUCUUAGCGGGGUAAUGGCCAAAGACCAAGCACUUAAUACCACAUGCUAACAGAUAUGUGGUCCAGUAGUGCUCUGGAAUCCGAAGGACUGCUUUCACAAAUCUCUCCAGAAAGUGAAUACUUCUCUGGACAAAGUCCAAAAAUAUUUGCCUUGUAGGAUAAUUUACUGGAAGUGGUUGACUAGUUCCAGCUGAGUCAAACCGCUCUUCACCCAGUGUUAGUCUCCAGAACCACAUCUGCUGAACAAAUACAAACCCAGUGUCUUCAACUCUCAGUACUGCCAAAAUCUGUUUGUCGAAGGAAAAGCCUCUGGAAAAUAAUUUUGCUGAAACUUGAAUAUGGAGGAGAAGGAGGACUCGGAAUAAAUGCAUUGCUUGAAUGUAAUCUGUUUACGGUUUAUACACAGAUGCAUACUCCUAUACAUUUCAAUACAAGAGAGUGCUGUCAGAAAUAGACUUCACAUAACAAUGAAUGUAUUUGUUGUUUGACAUGUAUUUAACUGCUGGCACGCAGCUUACUCCUGAGCCUCGUGGCACGAGGAAAGAAAAGCUUUCCUCCCAUUUAUAAUUAUAUGAAGACGAAAAACAGAACUGAGGACGAUAUUUCAGACUUCACUCGAUGCCGUUGUGUUUUCUUAUGUAUGCAUCUUGAAAUUUUUAUUCCAACUCAGUGAUUGUACGAGAAAAUUGUAUAUUUAACAGAUUAAAAAAUAAAAAUUGGGAAAUUCA